UGAACAGCGGUGUUCUCUCAGUAAAGAUGUGGUGUUUCUGGGUGUUUCUGCUCUACUCUGUGCUGCAGGAAUCUUCAGGCUGCACUGUAGAGCGAGGUUCUGGAGACACCAUCACCAGAUCUGCUGGAGAUUCUGUGGAGCUGCCGUGCUCCUGUACACAACAAACAAAGGAAGAUCCUCAGACAGUUCAGUGGGGAUUUAAGAGAAAGUUCAUGCAAGGCGACUACAGAGCUGAUCACUCAGUGUUUCCAGAGGACGGCAGACAGAAUCGGCGCUACAGAGGCAGAGUUCAGAUACUGAAUAAACCAGGAACUGUAGCUCUAAUCAUCUCCCACCUCACUGAGGAAGAUGAAGGAGCGUAUCUGUGUGGAAACAACGGGAAAUAUAACAGGGCCGUCUUUCUCCAAGUCUCCACAGGCUGUGCUGUGCUGAGUGUCAGUGAGAGAACGUUCUUCAGAUCUCCAGGAGAGUCUGUUCUGCUGCCCUGUCCCUGUCCCCCAGACCAACACAGGAUCAACCCUGACAGAGUCACAUGGACUAAAGAUCAGACCGCAGUGUCUAAUGAUACAGAAUCCUACAGAGGCAGAGUCUGGAUGUUCAACCAGAACCAUUCCAGAAAUUUCUCUCUCCUCAUCUCAGAUCUGACUGAAGAGGACUCUGGACUCUACACCUGCAGAGCUGAUGAGAAGGACAUGCCAUAUGUCCAGCUGGAUGUCACAGGCUGCACUCUGUCAGAGAAUAAGCAGACUGUUCCAGUCAGUAGAUCCUCAGGAGAGUCUGUUCUUCUGUCCUGCACCUGCACUGACCAGCAGGGCAGACCUGUGGGAGUUCAGUGGAGAACACCAAACCAGGAAGAUCUCCUUCAGCGCUACAGCGCCCGAGUUCAGACAUCUAACCAGAGCUCUACAGGAAAUUUCUCUGUACUGAUCUCAGACCUGACUGAAGAGGACGGAGGAACAUAUUCAUGCUGGAUAAACCAGAAUCAGUACAGGAACUUCAGCCUCACUGUUAAAGACUGCAAACUGUCAGAGACUCAGGAGAAAGACAUCCACAAAUAUCCAGGAGAGUCUGUUCUCCUGCCCUGCUCCUGCUCUGACCAACACACCAAACCAGUAAGUGUGAAAUGGGAGCGUGUGGUCUCAGGAGGGACUGAGGUAUCCAAUGAGAUGGAGCUCUACAAAGGCAGAGUCCAGAUGUUUAAUAGGAACCUACCGGCAAAUCUCUCUCUACUGAUCUCCAACCUGACUGAACAAGACCAGGGAACAUACAGAUGUUCAAUCAACAACAACCAGUUCAUCGACAUCACUCUCAACAUUACAGACUGCAAACUGUCAGAGACUCAGGAGAAAGACAUUCACAAAUAUCCAGGAGAUUCUGUUCUCCUGCCCUGCACCUGCACUGACCAACGCACCACACCUACUGCAAACUGUCAGAGACUCAGGAGAAAGACAUCCACAAAUAUCCAGGAGAGUCUGUUCUCCUGCCCUGCUCCUGCUCUGACCAACACACCAAACCAGUAAGUGUGAAA